AUGGUCCCAGCUCUGGGACUUUUGCUGCUGCUCUCAGGGACUGGAGGGAACUUGGGGGUUCUUUUGGAGGGACGCCCAGGAGAUCGGGUGAAUAUCUCUUGCACUGGGGUCUCUCAGGCGACCCGCUGGGCUUGGGCUCCCAGCUUCCCUGCAUGUGUGGGCUUGCUUCGGGGCCGCCGCCCUGUCUUCUGGGCCUCCACCCCAGGAAAUCCCACCCCAGCCUCCUCCUCGCCCUUUGUCGGCCGCCUGCGUACUGUGGACCCCAAUGGCAUUCAACAGCUGGAGCUGCUCCUGGCUCGAGGAGACUCCGGUACUUUCUUUUGUACCGGAAUUGGAGGUCGCCAGGACAAUGAGAGCCGUACCUUACUCAAAGUGCUUGGGGACUUGGCUGCGUGCCGAACCCCCAGUCCCACCUCGGGAUCCUCGUAUCCUCUGCUCCUGUACUCUCUGUUGGGCGUCGGGUUGGCUUUAGGGCUGGCGGGGCUGGGGAUGGCUUGGAGACUUCGUCAGCUACCCUCUUCCGGGCCAGUCAGAACCACCCCAAGAUACGGUGAGAAUAGCUCCUCUUCCCACCUCCAUUCUAUGACUUGGCAUAUACCCUCUCCCCAUCCCUCAGCUCUGCCCCCGUCCCCCCCCACAAAAACUCCACCCGUGAACACCGAGAUCCAGAGUCGAUCGAAAGAGGAGACCGGGAAAAAAGGGGACUCGGACGUAGAAAGGAGUCUUCUUUACGCUGAUCUGGAUCACAUUCCCGUCAGAAACCCUAGAUGGUUGCGCACCACCGUCCCCAAGGAUGCUGCCACUAUUUAUGCGGUCGUGGUUUGA